CGCUGAGGGGAGGCAUUGCCGGGCCGGCGGGAACGCUGAGGGGAGGCAUUGCCGGGCCGGCGGGAACGCUGAGGGGAGGCAUUGCCGGGCCGGCGGGAACACUGAGGGGAGCCCGGGCCGCGCUGGCGGCGCGCGCCUUUCGCGACAGAAGGCGAUAAAAAUCCGGGAUGGCGGCACAUCCCGAGCGGGAAGGGAGCGCAGGAUGGUCCGGUCCUGGCCAGGAUACGCCAACCGUGAGAAAUAGGGGUCGCUAUUUAAAAAGACUUGAACAACGUUUAAUAAGGGCUAAAAGGGACAAUAUCCAGCGCUGGGGUGCUUGGCAGUUUGGCAAAAGCACGCCGUUAGCUUAAAAUUAUAUUUUAAAUAUAUUUUUACAAUACAGGGUAAUUUUUAAUAAUUUUUAAUAUUCUUAUUAAUUUAAGUAGUUAUUAUUUUUGUAUAUUUUCUACAGUAGUAUAUUUCUUUGUACAGUAAAAAGGUACAUUUUUACACUUAGGGUUAAAUGCAUAUUUAUGAGAGUUAUACAUACUCUCAUACUCUCAUAUCCUUGUGAGCAGACAUGUUCUAGGAACGUUUUUGCCUGGUUUUAACCUUUGACUUGUCUGCAUGCCAUCCUGUAAAUUAAAUCAAUUUAUUUAUUUCUUUUCUAGGCUCUAUUCUGUUGUUCUGACAUUCCUGAUAACCGGAGAGUCAGUAAAAAAUUUUUCUCUUGGUAUCCUGAUUCUUGUCACUGUUAUCACAGAUGAAACAUAGCUGUUUCACACUCAUUAUCUCAUUAAUGAGUUAAUUAAAUAGCCCACUAAUUAUCUGAGUUAGUUGCACAAAUAAAAGCAUUUUAACAUUACAUAAUUUUAAUAGUAUGCUAAGAAUGUUAUAGAUUAUGGAUUAGAUAAAAGAUUAUUCUGUUUAGUACACCACUUUACACGGUGCAUACAUAAACUGACAGAUUAUACUAUACCAAAAAGCACUUAAAAGGAAUUACAGAUUUCACCACAUCAACAUCUCUGUGGUCAAUAAUAACUCACAAAAGCCAAUGCGUAAAUUUCAAAGCCGAUACAAUAUUAUAAUUUCUAACACCAGCAAUCCCAGCCUGGGCACAGGAGCCGUGUCCCAACAUUCCGGAGCUUUGGCUGGGACAGAUCCCGAGGGGGAAGGGACCCACAAACACCAGCAGAGUCCAGCUCAGCGCUGGAUUUCUCAGAGAUCAUGGUGUUGUCUUGUUUUCCUUUCCUGGGUGGUUUUCUGCUGUAAAUGUGAAUAUUUUCUUCAGGUUCCCAUAGAACAGAAGAUGGAAGGAGGCUGUGGAUGGAGUGACAGGAGAUGGCAUGAAGAUUUAGGUGGAUAUUGGGAAGAAAUCCUUCCCUGCGAGGAUGGUGAGGCCCUGGUGCAGAUUUCCAAAACAAUAACCCGAGAGAGAUCCCUGAGCAAAAGAGCACAGAGGUUUCGAGUGAUUGCAUCCUGCCUUCCUGAAUUCCCUGCCAGUUCCAGGUGCAUGGGGGAUGCAUCUUCCACGUCUGAACUGGCAAUGGCAUUUCCCAUCUAAAAUAAUCCCAUUUCCUUGAAUUUUUGUUAGGAAUUUUUCAGGAAAUGCUUCUGAGUCAGUGCUGUUUUAAUCUUUGCCCAAAAUGCAAUUUACAAGUGUUUUCUUUCCCUUAUUUUUGGCUUUUUGUCCUCCCAAGGGGAGGAAAACUGGGGAAAAAUGCCAGGCAUAAUGGAGAAAACCAGGGAAUCUGCCCAGAUCUUCCCAGAAAAUCAUUCUUCAUGGAAUCAGUUGGAAUUCCACAUCGAGUUUUUGUGGCAAAACAUUCUGAAUUGUUUAAAACAGAACAAUAAUUAGAAUAUAAGAAGAGUAAUGAGACAAGUUCAUAUUCCCAUCAUUCCUGCUGGGAUUUCCUUCCUUUCCUCCUGGAUGAGUGGCAGAGCACUCAAAUUAAUGGGUUAAAUUCAGCAAUUAACAAGCAUUGUGGAAUCCCUGAUAAUUUUGCUGGAGUCUGAGCGUUUUUCCUUGGGAUUCCUCUCCUGGGUGAGGUCAGGUGUGACCAUGUUGAUGAUGGACAGGGAGGGAGGAAAUUCCAGACUCAGGAAUUGGAAAACUCCAUCCUCUUCCUGAUUUAUCCCAAAGAUCCAGCUCCCAUCCUGCUUUUCCCAAAAAUAAUUGGGAUAAUUGGAGACAGCAGUGGGUGACAUCACCUGCUGGCAAAGCCACCUGCUGGGACAUUCCAGCACUUUCCCUGCUCUCACCACCCUCUCCAGUGGGAUUUGAUUUUUCAAACCCCACUCCCUGGGAAUAAAUCAUUAAUUUAUUGCUCUGCAGGACUGUUGAUCGUCAUUAAUUUAUUUCCCCUUCCAAAGCCAUCCCAAUGCUCGGGGUUCCUUUAUUCCCAAACUUCCUUUAAAGCCAAGGAACCUCUGCCUGGAUCUUCCCAGAAAAUCAUUUUUUGUGGAAUCAGUUGGGAUUCUGUAGUGAGUUUUUUGUGGCAAAAUGUUCUGAAUUGUUUAAAACGGAAUAGUAGUAAUAAUAAUAAUAGACUAUAAGAAGAAUUUAGAAGAUCCAUGCUGAGCUGAUAAAGAGGAAGACCGGGAAAAAAAAUGCUGGGAUAAUGGUGAAGACCAGGAAAAAAUGCCAAGGUAAUGAGGAAAAUCAGGAGAAAGUGCCAGGGAUCAUGAGGAAGAUCAGGAAAAAAUGCCAGAGAUAAGGGAGAAAAUCAGGAAAAAAAUGCCAGGGAUGAUGAAGAAAGCCUGGAAAAAAUGUCAGGGAUAGUGGAGAAAACCCAUGGAUAAUGGAGGAAAAAACACCAGGGAUAAUGAGGAAAACCAGGAAAAAAUACCAGGGGUAAUGAAGAGAAUCAGGAAAAUGGAGGACAAUGGAGAAACCCAGGAUAUUUUUACUGUUCAAUAUUCAUACAGAAAGCACUGGGGGUUUGAGUGAGUCCUUGUGUGAGGAGUGAAUCCACCUCUCCAAAAAACUCAGAAUUUCAGGAAAAACAGCAGGAAAAGGCUUCAGACCUUCCCUUCCUGGAGGCAAAUCAAAUGGAUCACACGGGAAAUUCAAGUUACAAGUUUUGCUGAUCUCCAGAUCUGUGACAGAGCAGCCCGGGAGUGAAAAUAAUCUCCAGAUCUGAUGUGCUGGAGUGAGAGGAAAGUCCUCAGCAUUGAGCAACGGGCAUGCAAGGAGCUCCUGGAAAAGCUGGAAGCCAGAAUAUUUGGGAUUUGAUACCCCUUAAAAGGCUCAGAAUAAUCCAGCAGCAGGCAGGGCCUCUCCAAUUUCCAGCUGAGAUCGAGGAAUAUUCCAUAAAAACCCCCAAUUUUUAACGAGGGUGGAAUGACUCCAAGCUGUGCUGCUGCAAUUACGGAGUGCUGACGAAGCCAUCCCAGGGCAGGUGACCUCAGCGGUGCUCUGGACAAACACCAAUUAACAAUUUAAUUAACAAUCAACCCCGUGUCAUCGGGGCUGCCUCGCAGGUGAAGCAAAAAGAUUUGUCCAGGGUUAGAAGAGAAAAGUUUCAAGAGUUUGCAGCUUCCCAGGUGGGUUUUUAGGGAAGUGGAGUUGGGAAUUUUGGGAUUUAUCGCCGUCAGUUUUGUGCUUCUGGUGGGUGGGGAAAUUAAAUUUUUUCUUCUGAGUUUGUUGUUUGUUUUGUCUGGGAGAUUUUGGGUCUUUUUUUUUUUCCUUUAAAUGUGCUGGGAAACGGUCCAGAUCCUCUUGGCCAACAGGAUGGGAAUGGGGACAAAUAUUGGGAAGGAUUUGUAGAGUUCUGCCUUUGAGUGAGAAAACACAGAAUCGCCCACUGCUUUGGCUCAAAGGCACCUUAAAGCCCAUCCAGCUCCAACCCCAGCACCUUCCCGUAUCCCAGGCCGCUCCACCCUGGCCUUGGACACUUCCAGGGAUGAGAUUUUUUGGGAAUUCUCUGCCAGGGCCUUCCAGGCAAGAAUUCCAUCCCGAUAUCCCAUCUCUGAAGCCAUUGCCUUUGUCCUGGCACUCCCAAUUCCUGAUGAAGCAUCCCUGAGGUCACAAACCCUUCCCGAUCCAUCUCUUUUGGGCUUUGUUUGGGGAUUUCUGCUGGCGCUGAUCGGACAGGUCCGACCAGGAAUAUUUGUGCUGUUCCUGUGCCCUCCUCACUCUGGGUUACUCAUGGAGGAAAUGGGGCCUGGAAGUCACGUGGCAGCAUUUUUACUCUUUGACUGAUGAGUAAAGAUUGUUUUGGGGCACAGAAAAAAAAAUUUAAAAGCAGGGGUUUAACAGCAAAAUUUAAGGGUUACAGGUUAAAUCCGGUGCUUAAUGUAUGGAAAUAAUAUUAAUAAACACCCCAGAGCAAACAGAGCCUGAGCACAGGGCGGGAUUUGGGCUCUCCCAAAUCAUUCCUGCAGGUUUGAAUGAAUCCAGAAUAUUUCACCUCAGCCAUUGCAUUGGCCUGGUGUUUUGGGAUUGCCUUCAGCAGCAUUUAAAGGCUUCCAAACGAUCUCUUUUUUCCAAGCCCCAAUGCUUCCCCUGUAUCCAGACUAUUCCCUGCAUCCAGAGGAAGAUUCCUGAGUUCUUUAAAGCUUGCACAGGUCUUCGUUUGCAGUUCCCAACUCCUCCACGGACAGAGCUGCUGUGGGAGGAGGUGGGGAAACCCUCCAGAUGGAAAACAUGGAAUUGCAGCUGGAUUUAUCCCAACAAAAAGCCCCCGUCGGGUUGGGAGAGGAACGCCAGCUGACACAGGCAUUACGUAAUCACCAGUUUUAAUUAGGAUUUGCUAAUGACUGUUUUGCCCUUGCGCAGUCGGUUCCCGGUUUCUUCAUCCCCUCCUUCCCUCAGUGCCACACUGGAGCACCUCUUCCUCUUGUUGACAUCUGCUCCAGUUCCCAGCUGAAGUUCCUGGAUCGAUUAACCCCUGGGAAUUGCUGCCAAGCCUUGGGAAACAGUUCUGGGGACCGUUCCAGGAGCCGGGAGUGCUUCCCCCCUCUUUUUCCAGGAGUUGGAGCCGCUGCUUGGGGAAUUUUUUCUUCAUCCAGGAUAGAGCGAUGGUGCCUGGCAUUCCAGGACCUUGCAUGUCCGCGGAGCAAGAAGGUUUUGGUGUUCUCCAACCCCUGCCAGCCCUGAUUGCCUCGGAAUUCUGACAGAUCCCGCUAGAUCUGAUCGGAGGUUGGAGCUGGAUUAGGAUAAAAACCCAUCCAGCAGCCAGGAUCUCACCCUGUGAAUAUUUGGGAUUUGAGGGGGUGAAAGAUCUGGAGUGGGGACACGGUGCUGACGAAGAGCCGUGAGUAAAGAAACAAGAAGAGGAAGAGAAUAAAAAAAACCCAAAAAACCAGGAAUUGUUAUUCCAGAGGGAUGCCAGGAGCAGCUGCAGCCACCUUCCUCAGCCAGGUGAGUGAGUGGAAAGGAAUGCUUGCUCAUCCUGGGAACCAGCAGGAUUUUGGUGCUGAGGCUGGAUUUUAACCUUCUGCAGCCAGGGCAGGGCUGACGUGGAGCCUGUUCAUUCCAGAGGGGUAAUUAAGGAAUACUUCCAUGGCUGGUGAUUAGCAGAUUAUUCAUGUGCUCAUUGCCGGGCUCAGGAGGAUUUGCUAGGGAGCUUCAUUUUGGAAAACUGGGGAUAAAAGUGUGCCACGGAACCCGGCACGGGUUAAGAGGUGUUCACCUCCACCUGGAGCAGGUUUGGCAGCAUUGGGACAUCGGGGCCACCCCAGUUCUGCAGGCACAGAUCCCUGGGAGGAAUUCCAGAGAAAUCCCCCAGGCAGGGCUCAAAGUAUCACGCUAAAAGCAAUUCAGGGAUUCCCAGAGGGAAUUUUGGUGUGCAGAGCUCCACUGACAUUCCAGGAGAGGAGGAAAACAUCCAGAAAAUGCAGGAAUUCAGCAGCACUUUUAGGCAGGAUCACAGGGAGGCCCUGAAGAAACAUCUGGAAGCUCUCCAGGGCAGGCACUGAACAACUGAAUUCUGAACAAUUCCUGAACAAACUGGAUUUCUGCUUCCCGAGGUUUGGGAGAGCAAGGACUGGGAAAAGCAGAGGAGGCAGAGAGGGAACACUGGGAGGUUCCUGGAGUUGCCCACAGGAGUUUGGAGUGGGAGUUUGGAUGGACUGGCUGAGCCAGUGGCCAUGAAGAAAGCAGGGAGAGGGAGAACUCAUUCUCCCUGAAUCAGAACUCAUUCCCGAGAGGAAAACCGGGCUGAUGUGUGAGGAGAGAAAAUGUGGGAAGAGGGUUUGGCAGAGGCAUUCCAGGGGAAGAAACUCCAUUUUAGGAAGGGGCGAUGUGAGUAAAGCCAGCUCUGCUAAACUCGAGAUUAAGGCGGCUGUAAAGCCUCCCCAGGGCAGGAUUUCUCCUCCUCCACAUCCCCGCCUCUGCUGGAGCAAGGGCAUGCCCAGGGCUGGCUUUCUGCAUUCCCAAUCCAAAGGAAAAAGUGGGAAUAUCUGGAAAACACAGCAAUGGAAAGUCAGGAAACAGCAAAGGAUAAUUUGAGACAAACGCAGUCAAGGGAGAAAGUUCAUCCCAAGGAGAGCUGGUCACUGGACAGCAAAUUCCAGCAGAGCCUCAGUGUGGGGAGGCCCAGGGAAAGCUGGAAUUGGAAUUUUUCUGGAGUCCCUUAAGGAAAAUCUGCAGGAAUGAGAGGCUGGAAUGAACUCAGGUGGGAUUUUCACACCCCUGUCCUGCCAGACCCUCCUCUAUUGUUCUUCUGGGAAUUUUCAAUUGGGCAAAGUAUUUUAAUCUUUGAGUUCUAGAGGAUGAGCUGAGCCUCUCCUUUCACUCAAACCUCUCCAAAACAUUUUUCAGGUGUAAGGAAAUAUUCAAGAACAAAAAAAAACACUGUUUGACAGAAGAUUUCUGUGAUUUCAUGAGUCCAUCCCACCAGGAAUGUGAAUUCACUGAGUCACUUUUAGGGGGACACUUAGAGGAUGGAGCCGCCACGAGGAGAAGCGCGGCAGGAAGGGCUGAUUGAGUUCUACGGCUCCUUCAGGGAGAUGUUCGAGUUCUUCUGCAAGAACACCACGAUCCACGGCACCAUCCGCCUGGUGUGCUCCAGCAGCAACCGCAUGAAGACGGCGUUCUGGACGCUGCUGCUGCUGGCCAGCUUCGGGAUGCUCUACUGGCAGUUCGGCCUCAUGUUCCGCCAGUUCUGGGCCUACCCCGUGGUGCUCACCAUGUCCAUGCACUCCGAGCCCAAAAUGUUCCCGGCCGUCACCGUCUGCAACCUGCAUCCCUACAGGUUUGAGCUGGUCAGCGAGCACCUGGAGCAGCUGGACCAGAUGGCAGCAGAAUCCAUCACCUUUUUGUACGGCAUCAACGCCUCGGCCUGGCUAUUCCGUGUCAACGCCAGCAAAAUCCAUGGGAACAACAGGAAAAUCCACGGGAACAACGAGAAAACCCGCAACAAAGAUGGAAAAAUCCAUGAGAACGACAGGAAAAUCCAUGAGAACGACAGGAAAAUCCGCAUCAAAGACAGGAAAAUCCGCGUCAAUGCUAGGAAAAUCCGCAGGAGCGACAGGAAAAUCCAGGAGAGCGACAGAAAAAUCCAGGAGAGCGACAGGAAAAUCCAGGACAGUGACAGGAAAAUCCAGGAGAGUGACAGGAAAAUCCAUGCCCAGACCUUGGCCAAGCUCAACAGCUCCGGCUUCAAACUCAGCCACAACUUCUCCCUGCUGAGGGUGUCUGACCUCAGGGCAGGCAGGAAACAUUCCAGCGUGGGAUUCCGGCUGUGCAAUUCCACAGGUGGGAAUUGUUUCUACAAGACCUUUUCCUCGGGCAUGGAUGCCAUCCUGGAGUGGUACAGGUUCCACUACAUGAACAUCAUGUCCCAGCUGCCUGCCAUCAUCAACAUUUCCCAGCACGAGGAGCCCAUCGAGGACGUGGUUUACUCCUGCCAGUACAACGGGGAGCCCUGCAGGCCCAGUGAUUACGAUCACUUCCACCACCCAGUUUUUGGGAGCUGCUACACUUUGAACAGCAAGGGGACAGAUCCCUUCUGGACAGCCACCAAACCAGGAAUUCCUUAUGGGCUGUCCCUCAUCCUGCGGGCCGAGCAGAAGGAGCACAUCCCACUGCUCUCCACAGCCGCCGGCGUCAAGGUGAUGAUCCACAGCCACAACCAGACCCCGUUCCUGGAGCACGAGGGCUUCCACAUCCGCCCGGGCAUCGCCACCACCAUCGGCAUCCAGCAGGACGAGGUGAAUCGCCUGGGUGGCAAUUACGGCAAGUGCACCACCAACGGCGCCGGCGUGGCCGUGGAGCUGCUCUACAACAGCUCCUACACCCUGCAGGCCUGCCUGCACUCCUGCUUCCAGCGCUGGAUGCUCCGCGAGUGCGGCUGCGGCUAUUCCCGGUACCCGCUGCCCGCCGGGAGAGCGCGGCACUGCGACUACGGCGCGCACCCGGCCUGGGGGCACUGCUUCUACCAACUGUACCGCCGGCUCCGGAGCCACCGCCUGGAUUGCUUCCAGCAGUGCCCCAAGCCCUGCAGGGAAUCCCUGUACAAGGUCUCAGCUGGCACAGCCAAGUGGCCCUCGGCAAAAUCCCAGGUACCGCACAAAACCCCGGAAUCCACCCCAAAGCAAAGCUGGGAAUGCUCCUGGGCUGAGCUCCAAGGAUACAAUCCCAGGAUCUUUGGGAAAGCCUUGGAAAGGAUCGAGUUUUCCUUAAAAAGCCUCUUUGUUCUCUUAAACCUCAUCUCUUUCACUCUGCCAUGGCUCGGGACAAUUCCCAGCGCCCAGGUUGCUCCCGGAGCUUCAAUCCUGUUCCAGUUCCCUGUUCCCACCCAAAAUUCCUUAAAAAUUCCCUCAGCGCCUCAAUUCCCAGCUCCAAACUGGAACUCAAUCCCAUCCCAGUUCCUUCAAUCCCAUUCCAAUUCCUUCAAUCCCAUCCCAGUUCCUUCAAUCCCAUCCCAGUUCCUUCAAUCCCAUUCCAAUUCCUUCAAUCCCAUCCCAGUUCCUUCAAUCCCAUCCCAGUUCCUUCAAUCCCAUCCCAGUUCCUUCAAUCCCAUCCCAGUUCCUUCAAUCCCAUUCCAAUUCCUUCAAUCCCAUUCCAAUUCCUUCAAUCCCAUUCAAUUUCCUUCAAUCCCAUUCCAAUUCCUUCAAUCCCAUUCCAGUUCUUUCAAUCCCAUUCCAGUUCCUUCAAUCCCAUUUCAGCUCCUUCAAUCCCGUUCCAGUUCCCUGUUCCCACCCACAAUUCCCUAUAAAUCCCCUCAGUGCCUCAAUUCCCAGCUCCAAACUGGAAUUCAAUCCUGUUCCAAUAUUCCGAACAUUCCAAUAAGGAAUAUUCCAAUAAGGAAUAUUACAAUAGAAACAUUCCAACAAUGAA